AUGGUGGGGAAAAUAGACUGUGCGCGAAAGUUGCAGAGAGAUAAGCCAUCGACAGCAGGGGUCGGGAACUGGGCGAUUAAAGCCGCGUUGGAAGCAGAAGGGUUUCGAGUUGAGAGAGUAUUGGGCAAGACUGGCCUUGGUCGUUGUCCGCCAUUUAUUAGGGCGACUGAUGAAGGAGCUUGGGAUGCCUUCAAAGUGAAAUUCUCGAAGUAUGAUUGUAUGAUCGUCCACUUCAAGAACCAUUAUGCUUUGGUCUUCGCCUUCCGAGAACGGGGAGGAAAUCUGAAGCAAAUACUAACAGCGCGGAAAGGCCAGCGGCCGAAGGAUUGGGUUCAUUGGGAGGAGAUUAUCCGGUCGGUGAUCAGAUGGCAGGGUUAUGGUAUGCUGGGUAUCAAUAGAAAGAGGCAGUGCGAUGGGGUCAUCGAUAAGCAUGCUACUGUAGAGUGA